AUGAGCCAAGUGCCCUCUGAUUAUCUCUCCACUGCCAGCCCCUACAACUAUGAGCAGCCUCUUCCCUCCGUGGCGCGGAUGAGUGCUGUCAUGCAGGUCCCCCCUGCCAAGAGGACAACCUUCUACAAGAGUGGAGACCCUCAGUUUGGAGGGGUCAAGAUGGCCAUCAACCAGCGCAGCUUCAAGAGCUUCAAUGCCCUGAUGGAUGACCUCUCAAACAGGGUCCCCCUGCCUUUUGGGGUGCGGACCAUCACGACACCACGGGGAGUGCACUGCAUCAACACUCUGGACCAGCUGGAGGAUGGAGGAUGCUACCUCUGCUCCGAUAAGAAAUACAUCACGCCCAUCAGCAUCGGCCCUGCCUGGUGGAGAGCAGGUUCUCAGAAGACCGACCCACCGGCCAGUGAUUUAAGGAGGGUGGCCCAGGACGUCAAGCAUGAAGGCUACUCAACAGCUUUCACCCAACAGAGCCCGAGGAUACCAAAGAAAGUCACUCUGGUUAAGAACAGAGAUGUCACCACCAGGUGGCCAGUUAUCCUCAACCACAGGAAUGCACAGAGCUUUAAGACCCUCUUGGACGAGAUUUCAGAGAUUAUGCAGUUCACAGUGAAGAAGGUCUACACGGUGGAUGGGAAGAGGAUUGACAGCAUGCAAGGUCUGUUGAACUGCCCAAAUGUCCUCAUCUGUGUGGGACGGGAACCCUUCAAGCCGAUCAUGAUGGAAAAUGCCAGGAAGUGCUCUUUGGAGAAAUUGCCUGGGCUGGCUUCCCAGUCCAACAGCAACAACAUUGGUGAAAACCAUGAAAUGAACUUUGGACUCAAAGCCAAGAAGAGUGUGAUUCACCCGAGAUCGGCCUUGAGCAAUCGAUCCAUGAGAUUCUCCUUGUCGUCAGAAAAACCCUAUCCAAAUGGCCUCACAGCAUCCCCGGAGAAUGCUGCUCCCUCUUUAAACCAUUGCCCAUGCGCCAAAGCAGGAGACCUCGUCCAUUCCUUAGCCAAAGACAACAUAGAAAAGAGGGUGCAUGUGAACAAAGAUGGCAGCCUGUCGGUCGAGAUGAAAGUCCACUUCCGUCUGCUCAACGAUGAGACUCUCCAAUGGUCCACGCAAGUCAAGAAGUCCAGCCUGAUGGAUAGGAUGCCCUAUGAAGAGUUAGGCGCAGACAAUGGAGUUGACCCCAUAGACAAAGGGAACACAGAGGCUAGUUCCAAAGUGGAUGACUCGUUAUACCCCAGUGAUGCUGAUUCUUACAUCUCAAACGUUGAUGAGCCUGAAAACGAUGAGGCUUGUUGCCAGAGCUGUGGCAAACCAUGCAAAGGCUAUGACAUUUGGAUGAACCCCAUGCAUGUUUCCCCAAAAGAGGAACCAGGGGUCAGGAACUCCUGGCGCAUGCAGUCUUCUUGCUCAAGCACCUCAUCCCAUCGGAGGGUUGUCCGUGAAAGGAUGGCCUCCGUCGAGAGUAUCCAUACCUCGUUUAGCGGAGAGGAAUAUUCCAAGCACUUUGGACGGGAGUCCGGUUGUUACUCGGAGACAUUAGAGAACAGGGUGGAGUCAAAAAGUACAGUCAAAAAAUGCCACCGUCGUCAAUGUGACCGUAUCCAGACAAACACAAGUGAAAGGGGGUCACCCGAGGAAAUGGACACGGGGGCUUGCCUAGGCAAUUCACAAAAUGAGGACAAUGCCAUGGUGAGUGGAGAAGGAGACAAUAAUAGCAGGGCUGGAAGUAGCAAGUCAAAGUCAUCUCGGUGUUCUGCAGAAAGCCAGAUAAGAGCGCACGAGAAAAGUGGCAGUGUGACAAGGACCACCUCGUCCUGUAGGGUCAAGGAAAGAGAAGACGCUGAAGACGGCCUUGGUUGCCCAUCUCCUCCAAACAGCACCUGCCGCAAACCCCCUAAGUGCAUCGCCCCUGGGCCAAAGGACAACCGAGAUGAGGCCUGCCCAAAGAAAGAGGCUGUAGAGGAAGACGUUGAAGAGGAAGGAGAGGAAAUCAAUGAAAUACAUUCCAUCUCGGAAAACAUGGCAUCCAAUCAAGCUGUCAAGGAUGAAGUCUGCAAGUGUGGGAGAUGUUCUACGGAACGGUCCUUGCAUUCUAAAGCUUGUGAUGGAAAUAGCCAGAGGAGUGACGGUGAAGAGAUACAGGUGUGCAGUGCUGCUGCUUCAUCUUCCUCCAGAAGAAGCAAGCACAGCCAGAAGCACCAGGAGGCAGGCUCCAAAUUGUCUAGGGGGUCUACCGUCAAGAAGAAGACAAAAAGCUCUCUGCAUGCAGAGGGUGCAAGGGUAAACAGCAGCACCUCAUAUUACUCCAGAAGCUCACAUGAGGUGGAGAGAAGAGCUGGAGAAGGCCAUGCAUUGCAUGACUCAAGCUCUCCUCAUUCACAUGCAUCGUCUUUAAGUGAGGCAGCAGAACAUCCUGUGAACAAUAAUGUGGAGAGUGACAGUAGCUCUCCCAGGUUUUACAGCACGUCCUCCAAAGGCAGCCAGAGAGGAAGCUGGCCAGAUGAUUCCAGCAAGGGAUCAUCCCCUUCUCCCAGCUUCUCUGUUUCCAACGGGGAAAAUGGAACUGCCAAAGUCACCUCUCAAGAACACUCUUCGAGGCCAGGAAGCGUGCCGGAAUCCACAUGCUCAAAAUGCGGCCAUGUGGCAGCAGCCAGAAACGAUGAUCUUGGGAGUGUUCAUCCGAGGGUUUCUUCCCACUCUGAGAGUGAAUGUGCUGAGACAGAGAUAUGGGAGGGAAGUGACCGUGCUAGCUCACAGUUGAGCAUGGUGCAGUUUUCAAAGUUGAGGCAAAAGCAAAGCAGCCUCCGUGCCAACGUGGAAUGCUGUAGCUAUGCUUCAGCAUCCGAGCCUGCAUCGAUGUACAGCUUACGCUGCCCUGCUCCCCCGAAAGGGAGGCCCAGUGGCAGGAAAAGUGGGACUCUGCUGCUGAAGAAGAAGACUAAAAGUGGCAGCACGUGUGCUGAAUCAGAGCCAGCUGCGGACAAAAAGCCGGAUGAAACAGCCACUUCGCAGACCCCUGAAAUGGACAUAGUAAAUGGGCCAAGGGAUCGUUCCGAUCCGUUGAAUGGAGGGGAAGGAUCUUGCCAAGGCAAGGGCCAAGGAGAGGCAGAGGUGGAAGGGGAUGAUGACGUUGCCCCUUCUUCCCUUCCCAAUGCCUCUCCGGAAGAAGUAGUGCACGAGUGGCUGAGAAAGAUCCCUUCAGAGACCCUGCUGAUGAAAUGCGAGGUGCAAGAUGAUGGGGAGGGCACAGAACUGGGAGCUGAAAGACCAAGGGGCUCAAACAACCAGGAACUGUUGGCAAAGGAGUCGGUUGAAAAGAGAGAAGAUGAAGAAGGACCAGAAGCAGCAGAUGAGGGGGCUGAACAGGGGGCUGUCGAAGAGGAAGCAAAUGAGAGUCCCAGUGAUGAGGAGGCAUCCAAAGGGAUGUCAGAAGAGGCCAAAGUUGUCCAAGUGAAAUGCAGCCAUCCUGUCAUCUCCAGACAGAACAACCGCAAAAAGGACCUGCCCGGCGCCAUUCAGACCUCCGUGCAGAUCAUGAAAGCCCUGCUGGCUGCCAAACAAGAAGCAAAACUCGACCGUUCCCACAGUUUGCCUGAAGUGUCGCCUACAAUGGGGAGAAAACUCAGCAACUCGGCUAAUAUUUUGAUCACUUGCCUUGCCAGCCUGCAGCUCCUUGAUGAAGAGCUGGAUCCACCCAAUGAGUCCAGUAAAUGCCUGAACAGGCCGAUAUACAUGGAGCUCUUGAACAUUUUCCAGGCUCUCUGGUUUGGGUGUGCAUCGGAAAAAGGCCCCAUGAGAUCAGGCCUCCACAGGCAGGACCAAGCAAAAGCGCCCUCGGCUUUCAAGGGUCAUAACUCAAAAGAUGGUGACUUCACACCCAUGUCCUCUUCAGGGGUGGAUGUGAGUAGCGGCGAUGGAGGCUCAGGAGAGGGGAGCAUGGCUGGUGCCCGGGAUUGUGCUUGGUUGCCGGAGAAAACGAAUGAAGCCAAACUCACCGAAAGAGAGGCAAAAGCAGAGGAGGGAGACGGGGGAGAGGAAGAGGAAGAGGAGCAUUCCCGGCCACCAAUGCCUUGCUCAAAAUCUGAAGGAGGAGAAAAGGCAAAAUCUACUGGAGGAGAGAAGGUAACGGAAGCCAAUGAGAACCCGGGCAGUGACUGUGAAAUCGGAGGGGAGGAAGAGGAAGAAAUCGGUGAAGAAGAUGGAAUGGAAGAAAAUGAUAAGCAAGAAGAUGAUGAGAUGGAAUGUGUAGAAGCUAAUGCUGGUGUAGAUCCUCCUCAUGAGGAGGCCCAAGAAGACCCUGUUGCUGAGGAAGCACAAAAGAGCCGCAGUCAAGAGAAUGCUGAUGAAGCGCCUGAAGAGCCAAGCAUCAAUGCAGAGAAUGCUGACGAAGCAGCUAAAGAGCCAAGCAUCAAUGCAGAGAAUGCUGACGAAGCAGCUGAAGAGCCAAGCAUCAAUGCAGAGAAUGCUGAUGAAGAGGCUGAAGAGCCAAGCAUCAAUGCAGAGAAUGUUGGUGAAGCAGCUGAAGAGCCAAGCAUCAAUGCAGAGAAUGCUGGUGAAGCGGCAGAAGAGCCAAGCAUCAAUGCAGAGAAUGCUGGUGAAGCGGCAGAAGAGCCAAGCAACAGCCAAGCUGAACCUGAGCCAAAUGAAGGUAGUGAUGAGAGUGAACCCAAAGCAACAGCAGAAAAGUCACAGGUGGAUGAGUCAGAAACUGAUACAGGAUCCAGCAACACAGUCCCUUGCCAAGCCACAGCAGAAGCUUCCCUCAUCACCCAACAAAACUCCAUCCAUCCUGACCCAUUUUGGGUGCUUAAACUUUUGAAGACGAUUGAGAAGGAAUUCAUGACUCACUAUGUCAGCGCCAUGAAUGACUUCAAGGUGAAGUGGAACCUGCCAAACAGCGAAGAACUGGACUUGAUGAUUGCUGAGUUGAACCAAGAGGUAAGCAGGAGGAUACACAAGAGCAUAGAGAAAGAGCUAGGGAAGAUCAGCAGCAGGGCAGGCAAGAGGGUCCCAAGACCCCCAGAUAACCUCCAGCUGAGGCGUGAGUCCCCCCUGCAAGUGGAAAGCCGCCGUCGCCAUUUGCAAAGUAUUCACAAAAUGUCACUCUACAAUGACCGGAGUCAGCAGCCCGAGACAAGGGACGAAUCUUGUGACAUAGACCAAGAUUUCCUUUUCAAUGCAACGAUCAGAGACGAUUUUAGUAAGCAGCCAAGCGAAGAGGAAUAUUGCCCUUGUGAUGCCUGCGUCAGGGAGAAAAUGGCGGCCCAAGCCACACGAAGUACCACGGAGGUGAUGACCAAUGCCCCUGUUGUAAAGGCUUUUGACCUACAGCAAAUCCUGAGGAUGAAGAAAGUCGACGUAGCUGAAAGGCAGGCAGAAGAUCACAUCACAGAAGAGGGUCAGGGAGAAGAAGGUGGAGAAGGGAAGGCUGAUGGACCUGAGGCAAAGCAGGAAACACGUCCUCAUGAGGAAUGA